AUGGCACCCAAGAAAUCGCAUGAAGACCAACGUGUCGGGGCCGAAAUCGUCCACGGAGCUGAAGAAUGCCACAACCACUCCCUGAAGCUCCUAGACGAGCUAGGGUUCCCGUCGGGCAUUCUUCCUCCCAAGGAGCUCGAGGAGUUUGGGUUGGUGCAUGCAGACCUUACUAAACCCAUCAUCAGUUGCGAUUUUAAAGGGCCUGAGUUGACUAACUUUGGCACAACCCUCUUUAAGCUAAUGUUCGAAAUGCCCAAGUGGGACACUGAUGUCCUCUACUAUGGGUUCCACAAAGGAUUUGCCGAGAAAUUUGAAGGCUCGGUGCGUCGUGCCUUCGACAUAUGGAAGAACGCCACAUUUUUUAAUUUUAUAGAAGAUAAUGAAGACACUUAUAGCGACAUAAGUAUGUAUUAUUCAGGUAUCGAUGGGCCGAGCGGGACUAUUGCUCAAGUUCAAGCACCCAGGAAUGGCCGCAUAAUAUUUGACUCAUCCGAAAGAUGA